UGCCGGCGGCGGAGCGCUGCCGCGGGGCAUGGCCCUGGCCCCGGCCCCGGCCGUGGGGGCCGGUCCCCCGCCGGGGGGCACCUCGGCCGGGGAGAUGGAGCGCUACUACUGCCUGCUGCGGGCCGCCGCGCUGCUGGAGGCCGCCGCCGCCGCCGAAACCGCAAUACCCAUCUGUGCAAAGGACAUCAGUGAUGAUUUGAUGAAAGAGUUUGCUUUUCUUUCUGGUGGCCGAGGGAAAGACAAGGCUUGGAUUAUCACCCUCCCCGACAACGCUCGCUUCAACGAGGUGCCCGAGGAGAUCGUAUCUAAAGUCUUAACAUACCUAACGUCAGUCCCGAGUCAACAUGACUCUGACACCAAAUUUAUCCUAAUCCUGGAUAGAAGAUUGGACACAUGGACAUCGGUCAAAAUGACUCUCCAAAAAAUAGCAGCAUCUUUCCCAGGGAACCUGCACUUAGUGAUGGUUCUUCGUCCCACGGGGUUUUUCCAGCGCACCUUCACUGACAUUGGAUUUCGGUUCAGCCAGGAGGAUUUUCUGCUCAAGUUACCGGUUGUUAUGCUGAGCUCGGUUAGCGACCUGCUGACAUACAUUGAUGAACAGCAAUUAACCCCGGAGUUUGGAGGCACCCUGGAGUACUGCCACAGCGAGUGGGUCAUCUUCAGGACUGCAAUAGAGAGUUUUGCACUAACAGUGAAGGAAAUUGCCCAGAUGUUACAAUCCUUUGGCACGGAGCUGGCAGAGACCGAGCUACCGGACGACAUGUAUUCAAUCGAGCGCAUCCUGGCCCUGCGCACGGAAAAGUACUACCAGCUCAAGGAAGAUAUUACAGCAGUCACAAAAGAGGGAAACUUGCUUCUGAGCAGUUUUGAAGAGCCCGUCUCUGGGGAGUGCAGUCAGGACCAACACCGCGAGAGGCCUGGGGACUGGGAGACUGUGAAUCGGUUACUUGGUCAGCUGCAUGAGAUGGAGACUGCUUUUGAUGGCUUCUGGGAAAAACAUCAGUUAAAAAUGGAGCAAUAUUUACAACUGUGGAAGUUUGAGCAAAGUUUUCAAGAGGUCAAGAAUGCCAUUGAAUUUUUAAUGAGUCAGCAAGCAGAGCUGCCCGACACUGGCGACAGUGUCCCCCAAGUAAAACAGAGGCUCAAGGACUUGGGUCAUUUCGAUGGUAUGGCUCAGGAUCUGAUAGGGAAGGCUCAGGUGGUGAUACUACACGGACACCAGCUAGCAGCAAAUCAUCACUACGCACUCAACUUAAUCUGCCAGCAAUGCAAUGAGCUGCGGCACCAUUCUGAUGUCUUGUCUGAUGAGAUCAAAAGGAAGCAGAUGCGACUGCAGAAGACCUUGGAUCUUCAUACCCGCCUUCAGCAGGCUCUGCAGUGCUGCGAUGAAGGAGCCUACCUGCUCGCCAACCAGCAGAUGGAUAAGUGCCAGUCUAAAGAAGGCGCUCAGAAAGCUCUCCAGGACAUAGAACGAUUUCUUGAAAGCUCUUCAGCCUACUUAAACUAUGAUCCCCAAGCCCUACACUACGAUUUUGAGUCGGUCUUAACAUCUGAAUUGAAGUGCCAGAUACAGUCAGUGCAGGUCAAGCUCGAAAACGUUCGAAGCAUGUUUGAGAAUCGGCAGUCUUGCUUCAAGAAGCUGUUGGAUAAACACGUGCGGCCUGUCCAAUUAGUAGCCCCUCGGCCAGAAAAUCCACCGAGAUCAAAAUCACCAUUAUUCUCUCCUAAACAUGGUGUGGAUUUUAAUUCCAGUUUGAAAUUUUCAUUUGAUCUCUCUCUCCCUGGGAAGAAAACAUCAAGAAAAACUCCAAGUUCUCGCAAGAUCGAAGUAAUGCACGACUAUCAGGAAAAAAGGAACUCCUUGCAGUAUUUUAUUUCAGACAGUGAUGACAACUUAGAUAUACUAAAAGGCCAUGUCAUAAAUGAGCUUAUAGAAACUGAGAGAGUGUACGUAGAGGAACUCUUCACUGUUUUGACGGGCUACAGGGCUGAGAUGGAUAACCCCGCCAUGCUCAUCCUCAUGCCUCCCAUGCUGAGGAACAGGAAGGACGUCCUCUUUGGAAACAUGCCCGAGAUAUACGACUUCCACAACAAAAUUUUCCUGCACAGUUUGGAAAGCUGCCUGGGAGCACCCGAGCGAGUGGGAUUUUGUUUCCUAGACAGGCGAGAGGAUUUCCAGAUGUAUGAGAAAUACUGCCAGAACAAGCCCCGGUCGGAGUCCCUGUGGAGGCAGUGCUCCGAAAGCACCUUCUUCCAGGAAUGCCAAAGAAAAUUAGAGCACAAACUCGGGCUGGAUUCCUAUUUGCUCAAACCAGUGCAGCGCCUGACGAAAUACCAGUUACUUCUGAAGGAGUUGCUAAAGUACAGCACGAGCUGUGAUGGAGUUCAGGAACUUCAAGAAGCUCUGGUUGCAAUGUUGGAUUUGCUAAAGUCAGUCAAUGACUCUAUGCAUCAGAUUUCAAUAACAGGAUAUGAUGGUGACCUGAGCGAACUGGGGAAAGUAUUGAUGCAAGGAUCUUUCAGUGUUUGGACAGGACACCGAAAAGGUCCGACAAAAAUGAAGGAUCUUGCCAGGUUCAAGCCAAUGCAGAGGCAUCUGUUCCUGUACGAGAAAGCUCUGGUCUUCUGCAAGAAGCGAGAGGAGCAUGGAGACGGAUAUGACAAAACCUCAUCUUACAGUUUUAAGCAUUUUUUGAAAAUGAAUGCAGUUGGAAUAACUGAGAACGUGAAAGGAGAUCAUCGGAAAUUUGAAAUCUGGUAUAGUGGGCGAGAAGAGGUCUAUGUCGUGCAGGCCCAAACAGUAGAUCUGAAGAUGGCAUGGUUGAAUGAAAUAAGAAAAAUUUUGUUCAAGCAGCAGGAGCUUAUAAAAGUGGAGAAGCAGCAGCCCAGCUCGUGCACAGACCAGCUCCCGCUCUCCUCCCAGCUGAGCGACGGAAAGCAGCAGAGAGCUUCCAUAAGCUCAGAAGAGAAUGACUCAGAGCGCACCAGCCCAGUGAUGCUGGACAGUGGGCUCCUGUCCCCCCAAAACAAGCCCCACAGAAGCUGGCCGGGAAUGUCACAGUCCCUGGAAAUCUGCGAGGGGCUGGAGGAGUGGUCGGGUAACCAGUACCUCUCCAAUUGCUCGGACACCGAGGAGGAGGACGGGAACCAGCUGUCUCCAGGAAAAUACAAAGCCCUUGCAGACUGCAAGAGGAGAGGAUCAGAGGACCUGCUGGUGAAAAACGGGGAUGAAAUUCAGCUUUUGCAUGAAGAUGGUGAGGGACAGUGGUUGGUGAAAAACCUAAACAGAAGAAAAGAAGGCUGGAUUCCUGUCCACAGCCUGCAGAUAGUAGUUGGUGACUGCAGAUUUCGGAAUGCCAAAGUCGCAGUGCCCGAAGGACGGAGCUUGCGUGUCCUCUGUUCCUGCUGGCCAGGGCAGUGGGGAUCGUCCUCUCGACUGCGGUGAGCCUGGGGCAACCCUCGACGUGGCUGCCUAGGCCACGUGGUUUGAAUCUGCCUGGUAAGAGUAUUGUACGUGGCUGAACUCCUGAGCUCUUGCAGGCUGGCCUAAGCAUGUUGGCUGAAAUGCGCAAGUUUUGUCUAAGUUCUGUUUAAAAUGCCACUUGCAGUUUUGCAGAUGCAGCGCAGCUGUUUGCACUAUUACUCAUGCACUUUAAUGAUUGCAGCCGCAGGCUUUCGUAUUUAUGCAGGGUCCAUUAAAGGUAAUGUUGAUUUCUUUUUGGCCUUUGAAACGUAAAGCAGGGUCUCCUCGUCCAACCUGCGAAGCCAGUCAGCUUCACAGAACAGCUAUUUUGUAACGCUAUAGAAAACCAUUUUGAGCCUGACAAAAUAAGGAGCCUAGAGAAGACAGCAGCUGGCCGCGCUGUGAUAAUCAAGUGAUAGAUGAUGGAAAUGAGUCAAACCCUGUGGUCCUGCCUUAGACAAGGCUCCCGCUGAAGCUAGUGGGAGUUCGGCUUUUAGGGAGAACUUCAGGAGUGCACUUAUCUUUUUUUUUAUGUUAUACAAAUGUUACAUGAUUACAGGGAACAAUGUAUUUCUUGGAAUAAGAUGCUUUAAUAUUAACAUCAUUCUUCAUUACUUUAUAGAUGCUGCCCUGUGUAACACGAGAAAGUUUAGUUCCCCUUGAAUUAAGGGUGAACUAGCAGCAUCCUAUUUUCGAUGCUCUUUGGAAGCUUUCAACUAAGUGUUACAGAGAAAUAGCACAAUAGUUGGAGUUGUCCUGUACUAUUCAUCACAUUCACAGACCUCCACAGCUUCAUCUGCACUGAACGGGACUGGGGUCCUAAGCAGCUUCUCAUAGUCAUAAAGGAAGCCAUUCUCUGCUCUUUCUUUUUUUUCUCCUAUGGAAAGUACAGUAUUUUAUUAUUUUUACCUGCUGUUUUUCCAUGACAUCCAUCACGUUUCAUCAGAGAAGUACACUACAGUUUCCUGACACUUUGUUUAGAUGCUUGAAAUUUCCUCUACAGGUUGAAGGCUUUACCUACUUACUAGCUGACAACUGUUGAAGUUGGUUGCAAAUAAAAGAGUUGAGUUUUGGUAAACCAAAAAAAAAAAAAAAACAAAAACCAAAACCAAACCAAAAACCAAACGAAGCUGUAUGUCCUGCUUAAUUGAUUUUAUGGAUGGGUUUUUCUUAAAUAUCUACUUCAGCUAUGUGAAUGUAAUGUUCUGUAAGAGCAUCAUCUGGCUGACUCACAUGCGAAGAUGCAAUAACGCUAAAGAUCCUCUUUUUGCACUUAGGGUCUGACUCCAGCCCAUUGCAGUCAGUCCCAUUGAUUUCAAUGAGGUUUGGAUCAGGUCAAACUGACAACUCAGGGUUGUCGCCAAUCACUUAGGGUCCCAAAGCGUCCCAAGGCUGAAACCUGUAUCUAGCAAGUGUUGAAGUUUACAUUAAAUGUAUGUACUUUUGGAACACGUGCCAUAAAUCAAAGUUAAAUGUCCAUGUUUGCACUAAGGAUCUUCUUGUGAUAAGACUGUACUUUUCAGCAUCUUUAACAAUAAUGUAUCUCUUGAAUUUUUGAGAAAGAAAAAGGAAUAUUGAACACUCAUAAUUUAAUUUUGUGUUUCUUUGUCUAGUUUUGCUUUUGUAGAACAUAGGUACAGGUGGUUUAACUUUUAAGCAGAUGUGUGCAAAGAGCAUCUGACUGUGUUAAGAGCAGGGUUAAUAGUAUGCAUGCGGUAGUGAAUUUGCUCUGUCCCGUCAAAAUGAAACGUUUUAUACCGUGGACUAAAGGGGGACCUUUAUGAUCUGACUUUGAUUUGUGAACCAUAGAUUCUUAGACACAGUACGAAGUUGUUAAGUUAAAACAUUCUGGGGUAUUUUUUGGGGUGACCAUUUUUGUGCAAAGGAAUUGUUGAACUAUGUGAUGGCUGUGAUUGCCAGGGGGGUUCCCCCACCACACUGGUGGGCUUUUCUCCAGUUUGGGUGGGCAGUAUUGCAGAUAACCCCUGUACACCCUCAAAAAUGUGACCACCUGAAUCUGAACUGAGCAACGCUGCAAGACCUAGAAAGAGCCCAGUGUUCUUCAGCUGCUGGCAAUCAUAGCAGAGAGGGUUUAAGUCACGGAAGGUUAUUUCUAUCUACUUUAAAAUUGGUCACAAUGCACUUGCUAGGUGGAAAAGUAGGAGUCUCUUAAGUUACUGUCGGGGCUGUUUAUAGUGGUAACAAUUGUGGUUAACAGUACACAUUUUGAGGUACAACUGUAAAUAUUUGUCUCAAACAUAGCACACAUUGCAUAUUAAGUGGUUUUAAUCUUUUUUGUCUUCCAUAGUUUUAAAACUAAGCUUUUAUUAAUUUAUGAGGUUGAUAAGUUCUGCAAAUCUGAAUGUACAGUCUGAGAUUUUUAACAUUUGAAACUUUGCACAUGACAUGGUAUGUUACCUUCAGUAUGCUGUUGAACUAGGCUCUUCAUGUAUAUGUAUAAAUUACAGUAGAGAAUUUUCUCUGACUGCAAGUUUAAAUGAACUAUAUUGUAUAUGUACCUGUAAAAAAAUGUGUUAAAUCUAUAUUUAAAGAUUAAAAACUUGUUAAAUAAA